AUGCUCCGUCUCGUUGCUCUGCUCUCUGCUCUCUCCUGUCUAGCCCAUGGUGCAUCGGACAUUGCCGGCCCGCUCACUGAUGACUUUCAGACGUGGUUGACACAGUAAGUGGACGAUUAGUGUGGCUGUUCUGUUACCGUUACUCUUUCAGAAAUGGCUACUCCGCCUACGAUUUCGUUCGUGCCGACUACGGUACUCAGGGAUCGUACGGAGGAAAGACGGAUAAUGCGCCGAAGGUGUCGAACACUCCGGUCGUGUUCAUUCACGGAAACUCGGACGCGGCGCUCCGUCGCUCCUCCUCCGCCACCGGUUGGUCCAAUUCCAUCCAAUACUUUUUGGAGCACGGCUACACUGUCGCCGAGCUGUACGCCACCUCCUGGCAAGACACGAACGCCCUGAACGCCGUGUCGAGAACCCACGACUGCACCGAUUUGAUCCGACUCAGAAAGUUUCUGGAGGCAGUGCUGGCCUACACGGGCGCCCCGAAAAUCUCGGUGGUAGGCCACAGCAUGGGAGUGACCCUCGCCAGAAAGAUUAUCAAGGGAGGAUCGGUGAGUGCGUCGGACGGGAAGUGCGACCUCGGAUUGCCGCUGAACAAGAAGGUUGAAGUGAUGAUCGGCAUCGCCGGAGCCAACUACGGACUGUGCAAUUGCGAGGGCGGCAGUGCGGUUCUCGAGAAGACUUGCAACAGACAAGUGAGUCCCCCUAUCGCAUCUCUACCGUAACCCGUUCCUUCCAGAACGGUCUGUGGCCCGGAGACUCUUGCGGUCUCAACUAUCUCGACUGCGGCCUCACGCCUCUUCCGUGGCCGUGCAGCGGAGUCAACUACUCAGCCUUCCUGAUGCAAUUGAAUUCGGACAAAAACAAGGAAGGAGACUAUGUGUUCAGCAUGUGGAGUCUUUGUAAGUUCCACUUCUAUUCAGUCAACCCAAUGCCCUUACUCCUUUUCAGCGGAUGAUCUGAUCGAAUACGGCAACAUGGUCUGGGGCAGAUCCACGUCGUUCAUCCCGACUUCCGACGGAAAAGUCGUCUACGCCGUGUACACGCACAUGGAAACGAAGGAGCUGACCUACGUGGACCAGUACCAGAUGGUCAAGUACAAGACGAUUCCGUCGGCUGUGCUGUAA